AUGUUCAGACACAUAAAAGAGUUUCUUAUUUCAUAUCCAAAGAAACAUGUUACAAACUUCCGUUUUCGACAUCACCGAAUUCAAUCUACUCUAGCCCGGAACCAACAAUCAGAUGUUCCUAAAGGUCAUUUGGCAGUUUAUGUAGGAGAGUUCCAUAACAGGCAUGUAAUACCGAUAUCGUACCUGAAGCAUCCUGCAUUUCAAGACUUGUUACGGCAAGCCGAACAAGAGUUUGGUUUCGAUCAUCCUAUGGGUGGCCUGACAUUUCCUUGUAAGGAGGAAGCCUUUGUCAACUUGACUUCUGAGCUGGGUAUGUCAUGA